AUGACCGUCGGCACGGCCUUGAUGGCUAUCUAUGGCUUCACCGCCCUCCUCGGUAUGGGCGUCGGUUCGUCGGUCAAUGCGGCAUACCCAGUUGCGCAGGCACUGGUGACGCCGGAAGAGAUAAGUGACUCUGUGGGUUUCACAAGUGUCGCCCAGUCUUUCGGCAUAACCUUCUUCCUCGCAGUCGCUGGGUCCAUUUUCCAAAACACCGCCGUCAAGAAUGUCUCUCCCCUCUUAUCGGAGUACUCGGUGCAACAGAUCCGGAGUCUUGCUGCUGGAACGUACAGUACGGAGUACCAAACACUCCCAGAGGCCGCCCGCGCAUCUGUCGUCGCCGCUAUUGUGGCCUCGAUUAAAAAUGUUUGGUACCUCCUGCUGGCUGCUAGCGCAGCGUGCUUUAUCCUGUCCUUGUUCUUGGGUAGGAACAAGCUCUUUGCGUAA